AUGAUAUUGACCAUACCUAGAUUCGAUAUACACAAGUUUCAAGAAACAGAAAACGUAUCCGAAACUUUUAUCAAGGUCGGCGAGUAUACAAAAUAUGGCGACAAUGAUGACGAAACACCCUCGAAUACGAAUGCAAUAUUGCGAAUAAAAGCCUGUAUAUCUAUAUCCGUUGUUCUUCAACUACCAACUGACUGGACCGAUGGACAAAAUGUAUUAUCCAUCGGGUUUUCCUCAUUUUCCAUCUUGUUGGCGUCGAUUGUACUAUUGGUGUUUGUCAAAUAUCAAAAUACUCCGGCUGUGAAGUCAACGACCAAAGAACUAUGUUACGUUAUGUUCGCUGGUAUUAUUUUGGUCAACACUACACUCCUCAUAUCGACAGUAACCUCGAAUUUUAUAACAUCAGAUGUCAAAGUUUUGCCAGCGAUUGGUUUCACUAUGAUAUACGCUGCUUUGCUGGUGAAAACUAAUCGAGUGGCACGUCUACUGGUUAUACCUGAAAAUAAAUUCGUCAACAUGAACCUCAAAUACUUGUCUCUGAAGGCUCAGAUGGCCAUAACAGCGAUUCUGAUUGGGGUAGAAAUACUGAUAUGCUGGUUCGCGAUUAAAUUCAAUGACCCAGACCCCAGUAUGGGAGGAAGUGAUUUCAUUCUGAAGAAGUAUUAUUUAAACGGAACAUUUUUCAUCAACAUAUUCGCUUUCGUUGCACUGUUAAUUUUGCUUUCAACUUAUUACGCCAUCAAAACACGAAACAUACCGACGAAUUUCAACGAGACCAAGUGCAUUGGAUUCGCGAUGUACGCGACAGUAAUAACAGCAGCUGCUUUUGGCUUGGUGUAUUUCGCUAGUAAACAAAAAAUAUUAGCCAUGAACUUGUGCGCCUCGAUUAAUUCGCUGACGAUUUUGAUUUUUUUAUUUUCGCCAAAAUUAUACAUAAUUUUUUGGACACCGGAAAGAAAUACCAAAGUGUUCUUUUCACCGGUUACUUCGUCCAUGCGUAGUUUCAUGGGAAAUAAAUCUCGUCCCAGUGCACGUAAAUCAUCGAUCUGUCAGUGUUAUUCGCUUGAAAAUACAGCACCACAAAGCGUUGAUGAUCUGAAGGAACAAGUACGAGAUUCCAUAGCCAAAGUCAUCAAAGAAUUGGACGACAUUUUAAACAAACGAUCAAAGACAGAUGGAGGCCAUGUGGGCGAAGGAAAAAUGAAGAAAAAACUCAAAAAAGACCAUUUAGAAACCGAAGAUGUUCUACAAAAAGCACAUGCAGAAAUGCUGGAGAAAGUAAAAUCAUGUCAUAUUGAAUUGAAUCAUGUACAGAAAACUUACCUACGUUCAUUAGAAGACGGUACCUAUCAAUAAUUCUUAGAAACCAUUGUGGCAGAUUUAAGUUCAUACCUAAGAGAAGCACUGAAAAGUAUCAAAUGCAGAACUCCCCUCCCCCCCGCAAAUAAUUUUGAUUUUUCAGUAUACUCGUAGUAUGACAUUGAAAUAAACUAAUAGGAAAACAUUUUGCUGCAGGUUUUUCAAAAACUGUCGUGCUACUACUUAUUAAUAUCCGAUUGGAAUAUGUACAUUGUACAUACUUCCGCAGUUUCUAU